UUUUUUAGUUUUUUCUUAACAAUAAUUCGAUGAUUCGGGUGCCAAAAUGGUAAUGGAAAUUGUAUAUUUCUAUCUUCACGGUGCUCUGCGCAAUUCAAAAAAGGUGCUCUGCACAAUUCAAACACAAAAUCAACAAGUUUCUUCCACAAUCAGCCAUGAACUUGCUCAGCUUCAACAGACCCACCACCGCUAGACCAUGGCCCAACAAGAAACCGUCACACAGAUCCCCAUUCCUCGUCCUCUCCUUCCUCUUUUUCUUUUUCCUCUUCUUCUUCCUUCUCUACUACUCUUUCACCCCCCCUUCUCCUUUCUUGGAUUCAUUGAAAACCCCAUUUCCCAGUCCCCCUGAAUGCGCAUCCCGGGUCCCAUUCCCAGGAGAAAAGUUCCUUUGGUAUGCCCCGCACAGUGGGUUCAGUAACCAGCUCUCCGAGUUCAAGAACGCCAUUUUGAUGGCUGGGAUUUUGAACCGGACUUUAAUUGUCCCCCCGAUCCUCGAUCACCAUGCCGUUGCUCUAGGUAGCUGUCCCAAGUUUAGGGUUUUGGAUCCUGAUAAGAUUCGGAUUUCGGUUUGGGAGCAUGUGGUUGAGCUCAUUCGGAGUGGGAGGUAUUUCUCCAUGGCUGACAUUAUUGAUAUUUCUUCAUUGAUUUCUUCUUCCUUUGUUCGAGCCAUAGAUUUUCGAGUCUUUGCAUUCCAUUGGUGUAAUUUGAACAUAGAUGCUACUUGUGUCAAUAAAUUAGAUAUGCCCUCCACUUUCCUCCAUAGCCUUAAACAAUGUGGAUCUCUACUCUCUGGCCUUGAUGGUAGUGUGGAAAAGUGUUUAUAUGCUGUCAAUAAAGAUUGUAGAACUACAGUUUGGACAUAUAAAAAUGGUAAUGAGGAUGAGGCCUUAGAUUCUUUCCAACCUGAUGAUCAACUCAAGAAGAAAAAGAAAACCUCAUAUGUUAGGAAACGCUGUGAUGUAUAUAAGAAUCUUGGACCUGGUUCAGAAGCUGAAUCAGCGACUCUGUUGGCAUUUGGGAGCCUUUUCACUGCUCCAUAUAAAGGUUCUGAGUUGUACAUUGACAUCCAUGAAACUCCAAGAGAUCAAAGGAUACAAAAUCUGAUGCAGAAGAUUGAAUUUCUUCCUUUUGUCCCUGAAAUUAUUAAUGCUGGAAAGAAGUUUGCUCAUGAGACCAUUAGAGCUCCUUUUCUUUGUGCUCAGCUUAGAUUAUUAGAUGGACAGUUCAAGAACCAUAGGAAGAGCACUUUUCUGGGGUUAAAGCAAAAAUUGGAAUCAUUUCAUCAGAGUCCUCAUCCUAUUCAUAUAUAUAUUAUGACUGAUCUUCCUGAAAGUAAUUGGACCGGGAGUUACUUGGAGGAUUUGGCUGGAGAUUCAAAUCGAUUUAAACUUUUUUCUCUGAAAGAGAAAGAUGAGUUGGUGAGGGAAACAGCUAAAAGACUUGUGGAUGCGAGUCAUGGGUUAAGCUUUGGGUUUAUUCCAAAAACUCGUGAUGGAGGUGGUAAAAUUAAUAAGUACUGUCACCCUCCAAUGUUACCAGAUGUACUUCUAUACAUAGAAGAAACAGUUUGCAGCUGUGCUUCACUUGGGUUUGUUGGGACUCCUGGCUCAACUAUUGCAGAGAGCAUAGAGUUAAUGCGAAAGCAUGAGGUAUGUUCAAGUCAAACUGAACUAUGACCAGAAUACCAGUGCCUUUUGAUAUGAUGUCAUUCUAGUUCAUUAAAGGAGUAUCAUUCUAUCAAGACAACUGGACUGAUUCAGUUAUUUGUAAGCAUGCCUAGAUUUGGUACCUUUUCUCAGCAUGCAAGCUUGAACAAUCUGAAUCUUCCCCCCCAGUUGUGUCAUCUUGCUGCAGAACUGAGUGCCCCCUGUUAGGCUUCUGGAAUCAUAUUCUUUACCAGAAAUCUUGAUGCUCCUGCCAUGAUAUGAAUGUAUAAUUUUUGUUGAAGAUACAGGAUUCUCAUAAAGGGAGGACUUAAUUGUACACCAGCAUUUGAUUCUGCUUUGCAGCCUGUUAAAUGUAAAUACAUUUACAAUCUGAACAAGUUUACUCAACAUGUAAAGAUUCUAAUCAAUUCUGCAUUCA